AUGCGUCUCUCAACCCUCCUCCCCACCCUCGCCCUCGCCCUCCCCUCCACCGCCUACCCCUUCGCAAUCCUCCACAACCUCUGCCCCUUCCCCAUCUACCUGACCUCCUCGGGCGUCCCCGCCCCGCCCACCCUCCUCCCCCCACUCGCCUACCACCUCGAAGAGCAGUACUUCUCCGGCACGGGCACGGCCAUAAAAAUCACCCAGACGCCCGACGGCCUGUACACGGGCGCGCCCACGCUGCACUUCUCGUACACGUACACGGCUGGCGUGAGCGUGUAUUACGACCUGAGUUCGCACGGGGGCUUUGACUUUGAGGGCUGGACGCUGGUGUUGGGCGGCGGGAAGGAGGAUGUGGUGGAGGUUGUGUGGGAGGGUGAGGAGGAGGAACAGAGGACGGAGGUUUAUUGGGGGGAGACGGAUUUGGUGCUUACGCUUUGUCAGGAGUAGGUGGGGUGAUGGUUGGGCAAGGGAGG